CCGUCCGACGUCUGGAUUUUCGAAGGAGCGUCGGCCCUGGCCAACCACAAUUUGGCUAGGAGGUUGUGUUAGGCAACCAUUCUCCCGGCCGAUCGGGAGCUCUUGAAGGGUCGGUCGGUGUCCGACAUGCUUUCUUCCUUUUACCCGACUAUGAUCCAGCUGAUCUACAACAUGUCCGAGCUGGAGGUCGAGUACCGGAGGUUCGGCGACGUCUGGGCAGCCUGGAAGAACAGGGCCGAAACCGUCGAAGCUGAAAAGGCGACGUUGGUGGACCAGCUGAAGUUGUCGGUCGACUGCGAGGCUAGGCUUGAGGAGGAGAUCUCCCAACUCACCAACGGCCUAGCCGCCUCGGAGGCCGAACUUCAGUCGGCUCGCGAGCAGGUCCAGCGUAAGACCCGCUCCGUUCACCGGCUACGGUGUGAGUGGGAUGACUGCGUCAGAGAGCUCGAGGCCGAGCGUGAGCAACUUCGAGUUAGCAUGGAGAACCUGGCUAAGGCCAAAGAGAACUUAUCCUCUGCCCAAGCCGACGCCGACAUAGCGAAGGCGGAGUCGGCCAAAGAGGUGCUGAGCCGGGCAGUGUAGGACUUUCGUGGCUCGGACGAGUAUCGGGAGGAGCUCCUCGAGAGCGGCUUCGCCUCUUAUCGGGUGGGGUACGAGGACGCCCGGGAUGCAAUUCAGAGUCUGCACCCGGAGCUCGACCUGAGCAGCAUCGUCCCUCCAGGGUCGGAGGACCAAGCCGCAGAGGAGGAGGCCGACCCAAUGCCGGAGGAUCCGAUGGCUGUGGAGUGCCCAACCCGAGCGGCCGAAGGUGAGGUGGCUCCAACCUUCGGUACCACUCCAACCCGAGCGGGCACGUCGAUUGCUCUCGAACUAUCCCCGGUGCAGGAAGUCGAUUCCGACGAAUAGUCGGAGUGCCCACCCCGUUAUCUUUGUAUUCUUUUGCUUUUGUUUUGUCCUUGAUAUUUGUGAUCGGGCUUCGGUCCAAUUUUGUAAUCGGGCUUCGGCCCAAUUUUGUAAGUCACUUCAAUGA